AUGAAUCUGCCUUUGGGGCCAAGACUCCUGCCAGGCCCGGCCCAGGAACCCAGCUGCAAGGCCACCCCAGCCCCACCCAGCAGGUGGGACAGCUCCCAGAGCAGCGACUCCAGCCUGGACCAGCUUCUGCCCACAAGCCCCACGGCAGCUGGAGCUCAGGCUACUGCCUGGGUCCCCUUCCCCACGGUUGAUGUUCCAGACCACGCCCACUACACCCUAGGCACAGUGAUCCUGCUGGUGGGGCUCACGGGGAUGCUGGGCAAUCUGACAGUCAUCUAUACCUUCUGCAGGGCACUGUUGAGGCGAGCCUCCAACCCUCCCAGGAGCAGAGGCCUCCGGACACCUGCCAACAUGUUCAUUAUCAACCUCGCAGUCAGCGACUUCCUCAUGUCCAUCACCCAGGCCCCGGUCUUCUUCGCCAGCAGCCUCUAUAAGCAUUGGCUCUUUGGCGAGACAGCCUGCGAGUUCUACGCCUUCUGCGGAGCUCUCUUUGGCAUCUCCUCCAUGAUUACCCUGAUGGCCAUCGCUCUGGACCGCUACCUGGUGAUCACACGCCCGCUGGCCACCUUCGGUGUGGUGUCCAAGAGGCGGGCAGCGUUUGUUCUGCUGGGCGUCUGGCUCUAUGCACUGGCCUGGAGUCUGCCACCCUUCUUUGGCUGGAGUGCCUACGUGCCCGAGGGGCUGCUGACAUCCUGCUCCUGGGACUACAUGAGCUUCACACCUUCAGUCCGAGCCUACACUAUGCUUCUCUGCUGCUUCGUGUUCUUCCUCCCACUGCUGGUCAUCGUCUACUGCUACGUCUUCAUCUUCAGGGCCAUCCGGGAGACAGGCCGGGCUCUGCAGACCCUUGGGGCCUUUGAGGGUAGCGGUGAGUCCCCAUGGCAGCAGCAGAGGCUGCAGAACGAGUGGAAGAUGGCUAAGAUCACGCUGCUGGUCAUCGUUCUCUUUGUGCUCUCCUGGGCCCCCUAUUCUGCUGUGGCUCUGGUGGCCUUUGCUGGGUAUGCACACGUCCUGACGCCCUACAUGAGCUCAGUGCCAGCUGUCAUCGCCAAGGCCUCUGCCAUCCAUAACCCCAUCAUUUAUGCCAUCACCCACCCCAAGUACAGGGUGGCCAUCGCCCAGCACCUGCCCUGCCUGGGGGUGCUGCUGGGUGUGUCAGCCCAGCACAGCCGCCCCUACCCCAGCUACCACUCCACCCACCGUGCCACACUGACCAGCCAGGCCUCCGACCUCAGCUGGAUCUCUGGACGGAGGCGCCAGGAGUCCCUGGGCUCUGAAAGUGACGUGGGCUGGACAGACAUGGAGGCAGCAGCUGCGUGGGGGGCUGCCCAGCAAGUGAAUGGACGGUUCCCCUUUGGUCAGGCCCUGGAGGACGUGGAAGCCAAAGCCCCUCCCAGGUCGCAGGGACUGGAAGCUGAGACUCCCAGGAAGACCAAGGGACUGCUCCUCAGCCUGGACCCCAGGAUGUAG